UAAACAACCACGCAGGGUGACAAGUUGGAAGAACAAAGUGCAAAUAGCAAAUUGCUGGCAGAAUUUGCAAGUCACAGUGCCACAGCAUGCCUAUAUGGCAUGGCUCAGCUUCCAGGUCCCCACGACGCCGCUCCCACUCCCGUGGCAGGCGAGAUGACCGUCGCAGCGACUCCCGUGGCGGGAGACGGCGCAGCCGUGAUCGGCGAUCAAAUGACAGGCGCUCACGAACGCCGGAGAAGAAAGAGCCGCUGGGGCCUAGAGGAGCAAAAACAGGAAGCGAUCAAACCCGCUCCUUUUCAGGUGGCGUUGUCAUCGGCAACCCAGAGGAGACAGAGCCACCCACAUAUGAUGUGGAACAGGUGGGUCGAAAGCACAAUGGAGAUCCGACCUUCCAGGCCAUCCUGAACAUCAAGGGCCAGGGUGGCCGUAUUCGAUCUUUGCGAGCUCCUCCACGUGCCAACGAGGACGAUGCCAGGGACGAUGGUGAAGAGAUGAAGGAUUGUUUCAUGAAGCAUGGCAUGCAAGGACUUCGGGAGCUGCAACAGAAGCAGCGCAGGAGCCGCAUCAGCUAACCGUGAGCAGAAGGAUCUGGAAAACUGACGGGUAGAUUGCUGUAGAAACUUGCGAGCCUGACCGACAUGAAGCUUGAGAAG